AUGGCUCCGCCGAUUCGGUUGAUUUAUGUACAACCCGAUAUCGAAAAUACCAUAUUGUAUUACACCUACCAGGCAUCGAAUCCUGAGAAAUUUGCCGCUCGUGACGAUGACAAAUUCAUCAUAUACGGUGGUUCAGCAUCAUACAUUUUGAGGAUUGUGAAUAGUGAUCAAGAAACACUACGAUGUUUCAGCUCAAACUAUGUUUCUAUAUUUGUAUUGAGCUCGAGCUUUAUAAUCUGGUCGAAUACGGAUAAUCUAGGAGUUGAAGUACCGUACCAAUUAAUCUAUUUGCAUGCAUUGGACAAUGACUUCUCCUUGUACUUACAAGUUGAAAACUGCGAUAUCUUGAGCUCUAGCCUGCUGGUGCUGGUUGAGGGUAUUGUUGAGCUUAAAUUGACAGAAAGUGUUAAUAACGGUAAUACGAAUCGGCUUUUUGAAAGCUUAAGUGGGAAGGCAAGUGCCAUUUACCAGGCCAUGACCAUUUGUUCCGCUAUGCAUCUGGACUCAAGUAGCGAGAAUGAGAAUGAGGAUGAGGAUGAGAAUGAGGAUAAUUUAGGGUUAAGCAAAAACCCACCUGCUAUAGAGAUACCACUUAAUUGGUUGAAUAACAGCGGAGACGACUCGGGAACCGUGAUUGGGAACAAUGGAGACGCUGAUGAUCUUGACGAAGAUAACAAUGAUACUACUACAGACGAUAAUUUAGUUGCAACUUAUGAAGAUGAAAAGUUUUGGUCCAAGUUUUGGAAAUUACCAUCAACUUGUCAGGAGAUAAACGAGAUUCUCACAUUAAAUGAGUUACGACGAGUUCAGCGACAGAAUGCAGUGAAUUAUAUUACGUUGGUACAAGUUUUAUGUCACGAAAUAAUACGACGGUCUAGACAGGAGGUAUGGACAGAAGGUGAUGAUGACAAACAUAUACUCAAUUGCAUCAGACUACUAAUUAAACUCUUACCUCCGUUGUUUGAGUUGGAAAACUACUUUCUGGAUGUGGAACAUGCCUUGUUUUGGGAUGAAAAUGUAGCCCCAACAAAAUGGGCAACGCUUAUUACUCAAACAGGGUCGUUGUGUGAUAAAUCAGGUUCAUCCCACCACUUGUACCUGAAAAACAGUUUAGCUGUUUUCUUAAUGAUGAGCUUGGUUAGCUUACUAUUCACAAAGGGUUUUACAGUGUCUUAUUCAAAUAUGGGCGGUACAAGCUUUAGUCUAUGGGAGCCGGGCAUCGGACUCAACAAUGCAAAAUAUGCUGCUCCCAUUCCAACAAUUGAUAGUAACAGAGCUGAGGUGCUAAAGUUAAUUAUCGUUUUAUGUUCAACUAGCCUUUAUUUGUCUUCUUCAGAAGUGAUUUCUAAGGGAAGCAGAUUUCUCACAAUCUUAGUCUCACACACACCCAAAGUGACGUUGUUAACUCUUGUCUCGUCGUUGACCAAUAUUACAUGCAGAUCCUCAAGAAGCGCACCAGUAGAAAAUGCAUUGCAUUUUGAUAAAGCAAAUUUUACAGAGAUACGACACCUCCUCGUUACUUACUCGUUGCAAUUGUUGACUUUGAUGAUCCUGUACCCAAUUCCAAGCGGCUCUGACUUAUUCUUAGAUUCAAAGUUAAAACCACGCAAUAUGGCAAGACAUUACAUGGGCCGAAUACAAAAAGAAGAUGAGCUACGUCUUUUGGCAUUUUCUUCGAUGCAUAUUUUGCGUUCACCACUCGUCAAAUCCAAGGAGUCUGAAAAUGGAGCACUUUCACUAAUCAAAAAUGUAAACCGACCAUCCUUAUGGGCCCUUGAGAUUGUAGUUCUAAUGUGGGAAUUGAUUCAAUGCAACAAACAUUUCAAAGCAUUGAUCAGUGAGAAAUUUUUGGCCGACCUUAUGGUGAUUUUGCUAUAUUACAUUUUUGCUUUUCACGAACAGCAUGCCCACAAAAGUUUGGUUCAAAUAUGUGCUUAUUUCCUACUAUACUUGAGUUCCGAGUUGGAUAUGAUAAAGGGCUUAUUUUACCCAAUGAGCUUUUCAUUUUAUGACGCUUUACCUUCAAAUUACAAACUUUCAAUCACCCCAUUGACGACGCGGGAUUUUCUCGUCAGUCAAAUAAGCACAAUCCUCUUAAACAACACCCUGCUACAGCAGUCCUCAUACAUAUACAAACCGUUACCCAGCUCUUUAUUGAAUACACUAGUUGAAAUACUUUAUAAUCUUAUUGGGCCCGUAUCUAAAGAACCGUUACAAGUACACAAUGACCUGAAAAAAAAAUUACUCAAUCCAAAUCCAAAUGGUGGCCUAUCUUACCACGCCUCAUCUUUGAUCACACAGCUUGUUGGAUGCUAUUCUAAUCAAAGUUUUUUGCUUGAAAAACCACUACAUCUUCAUUUGGUUGCAUUGAUAGUUCGGGCUAUUUGUGCAGCUAUUAUCAAGCAUCCACGUUCUUCAAGAAUGCUCUCUUUCUGCAUGUUGAAAAAUGAAAAAACUUACAACGAGCUAUGGAACACAGUUUUCAGUUUUGAAAAUGUAUUUGUCAAGGGUGACACAAUUGCAAAGAUUGAGGAAAGCACUGAAGCAGAAACCACACUGAAAGCUGCCGAAGUGGGUACACAAAAUGCAAUUUCUAUUACAAGGCCACCGCUGCUGACACCCAUGAUGAUGAUAAUGAAGCGGGUGAUUCCGCGAAAUGUUGACAACUCAGUGAUUCCAAGCUUAUCAGAACUUGAAAGUAUUGAAGCUUCUUUGAGACCGCAACAACCUCCAGGUAUGACCGAGAGAGCACGCGAGAAGAAAAAAAAAGAUAUACCAAUUGGCAAAUCAUGGACAGGAAAGGACUCGUUAACUGUGAUUUUGACUAUUAUUCUUCCUCACUUGAAAUCAGUGGUAAAGGAAGUUUGUCCUGGGGACUCUGGAAUGAGCAUUGACAGUUUUGAUCUUGUCAAGCGCAUUGAAAACUCAGACUUUUCCAAGAUUAUAGACGAGCACAAAAACCAGAUUAGCUAUGACUUGUUACCGGGAACACCCUUAGAGCAGUUGAAAUUUCUUUGGAGUCAUUUAUCACUUGGGUGGUAUAUUUCUCUUUUACUUGGAAGUGUGUACAACGCGGAGACACUGGUCAAGACUUUUUUGAAGCUGAAUGAGACUACUACUACUACUAAUAAUAAUAAUAAUAAUAAUAACACUGAUACUGUUGCUACUUCUUCUUCUACUACUACUAUCACUACUGCUACCACCACUUCAUCAUCGUCAUCAUGUUCUACUACCACUACUGCCACCACCACCACUGCUACUACUGAAGAGGAGUCCUCACAGUGGAUAGACAACGCUCUUAGCUCAAUCAAUAUAUGGGGAGGAACACGUAUUAGAUUGUUCAAAGUUGAGAGUAUUUCAAAUGAUAGCUUUUUUGCAAACUUUGGCAAGAGCAAUGGUGUUGCCACACACCAAGCAGUACCUAGCAGUACACCAGGAAGUUUGAGUGAUAUAACAAAGAGACUCAGCGAUCUCAAUAUGAGUAACACUUCUCCAGCAGGAUCGGGACUUAGUACACCAAUUGAAGAGCAAGAGUCUUAUUUUGAAAGCAGACCUUACAGGAAUUCGGUUACAAGUUUGCAUUCGCUAAAUUCAUUAAAUCGUACUAGAAGCUAUACAACACCUGGAAACUCAAUAAGUCAUUAG